UUUGCAAUUGAUGACAGAUAGUGUACAUUAAUAGUUAAUUAAGGAUAAUUGAACUUCUUAAUUCUGUUGAAAGUGAUAGUAAAAAAAAAAAAAGAAAAAACAAUGGGAAGGAAUAUAAAGUUAAAUUGAUUUUUGAUCAAAUUGAAAAUUUUAUUUAUGAUACGAUUUCGUACAGUAAUUCACCCGAUUCAUACUACACUAGUUGGAAUUUUUGUUAUCUCUAAUACAUAUAUGAACUAUCGUAUUUGACAAAGUUACUAUGUAUUUCGGUUCAACUGUGAAACAGAAAAUAUGGAAAAAAUCAUUUUUCGUAUAUUAAGACCGCAUUGUAGAAAUUCUCUGGUAAUUAAACGAACGUUUUACGAACAGUAUAGAUCAUCGUAUCCGGAAAUAUAUGACAAAAAACCUGAAUCACCAAAAAAUUUAACCUUUUUACAACAAUGGCGAAACUCGUACGAUCUUUUAAAGAGUGAAACCAAAUUAUUUCUCGAAGAACUAAAAGAGGGAUUUUAUUUACUUCCGAAAGAUUUCGUAGUUGAUGAAAUCGAUACUGUAUGGAAAUUUGAUGGAACUCAAAAAUCGUUAGAUCAGUGGAUCGUAAAUUGUGACAAAGACUAUCAUCAUGGUUAUUCAACUGCCAAAUUGGAACUAUCAUCUUUUGGUACUGGAAUAUUUCAUGGUAUACUAGAUACUCGCGUACCCAAAGAUGGAAAAACAACACAUGCUGGAUACUGUAACAUCACCUCGAUUCAAAAAUUUAAAUCUUUCGGUCGACGAGAUUAUUACAAUUGGGUUAACUAUAACGAACUUGUUUUACGAAUUAGAGGAGAUGGUAGGUGUUACAUGUUAAAUAUUCUACAAAAGGGGAAUAUAGAUCUAACGCAAUACGACUGUCAUCAUUAUGUUAUGUACACAAGAGGUGGUCCAUAUUGGCAGGUAGUUAGAAUUCCUUUUUCAAAAUUUGUAUUUAAUACAAAAGGAGAGGUUAAUGAAAAUCAGUAUCCUGUGUGCGACGCUCACAUUACGAAUUUUGGAAUUACACUUGCUGACAAAAGGCCAGGACCUUUCAGAUUAGAAAUUGAUUAUAUUGGAACUUGUUACAAUACGAAUAUCCGCGAAGAAUUUGCAUACGAAACCUACAAUGUAGAUAGAACUUAAAUGAAAAUCUUCUUUACAGAGUGA